UAAAAAUUUGUAAAUGAAUUAGAGCGAGGAAUGUAUGAAAAAGCAAUAACAACCAAUAACGCGUCUUUCCCCAAAACACGAAAUUGAAAACUUUGUUUAUUUAAUUUUUCACACUUUUUACUCCUUCCCCUUUCUUCAUCACACCCAUUCAUUCAUCUCAAUCCAAAUACAAUCGCAGGUUUUGUGGCUGUGAAUUUUUCGUUUAGGUCGAAGACGCGAGGAGUGUUUUGGUUUCGGAUAUGAUGAAUGGAUCACAGAAUCAUAGCUGGGGUGAAGGUGAAAGUUCAAGUUCGACUUCGCUUAGUAGUCAGCAUGAUGUUGAGGAUGAUCGGAUGAUUGCUCUUGUGUUAUCGGAAGAGUAUGCCAAAUUAGACGGCGCAGUUGGUCGGCGCCUUUCCAACUUGGAACCUGUUCCUCAUGUGCCCCGCAUAAAUUCCUUCUUCCCCACCAUAAACGAUGCAAGUAUGGAUCACCAGCGACUGCUGCAGAGGUUGAAUGUUUAUGGUCUUUGUGAAGUUAAAGUAUCUGGAGAUGGAAAUUGUCAGUUCCGCGCACUUUCAGAUCAGCUGUACAGGUCACCUGAACACCACAAGCAUGUUCGUAAAGAUAUUGUAAAACAGCUCAAAGAUCACCAUUCCUUAUAUGAAUGCUAUGUACCAAUGAAGUACAAACGAUAUUACAAGAAAAUGGCUAAAUCUGGAGAAUGGGGGGAUCAUAUUACCUUACAGGCAGCUUCUGAUAAGUUUGCAGCUAAGAUAUGCCUUCUGACAUCAUUCAGAGAUACUUGUUUCAUUGAAAUUAUGCCACUGUACCAAGCACCACAGCGCGAAGUGUGGUUGAGCUUCUGGUCUGAGGUUCAUUACAAUUCACUUUAUGAAAUUCGAGCUGCACCAAUUCAGCAUAAACCAAGGAGAAAACAUUGGCUAUUCUAGAGGAGAGGUAGAUUAUGUCAUAUAAAAUGUAGUGCUGUGCAUAGCACAUUGCAUCAAAAAAAAAAUAGUAUUCCAUUAUGAACUCAGAGCAUACGUUAUUCAGUGAAGAUAAUUUGCCAAAAUUGGAACUUAAAAAAAAAUUGAAAGUAUAUUUUCCAAAGGUAUCAAAUAUGCAGUUGUGGAUAUAGGAGUGAAAUGGAGUGGGAAAAAUCACUUUUUUCUCAAUUUACUUUUAUUUAGAGUAUACAUGUGACUUUUUGUUGUUAAUGUUGUUUUAAUCAUGCCUAUCUUAUAUUGGGGGGAGAGCAGCUCAGUAUGAUUUGUAUAUAAUUUUUUAAUUUAAAACUUGCUUUGUGAAGCAAAUCAUGUAUUGAUUUUUUAUCCCUUAAAUCAUGUAUUGAUCUUUUACCCCUUAAA